AGAAAGACAGAGCGAGCAAGAAUCUGUCCCUAUUCCUCAUAGAGACGGCCAUGGCCAUUCCUCCUAAAAAUGCUCUCUACUUCCUGCUGCUCGUCUCCAGCUUCAUCCUUGGCGCCAUGGCGGAUCUAGCCUUAUCAUGCCCUUCCCGCUGUGAAGUGGAGCUACAAUGGACCUUAUACGCGCGGCAGAUUGGGGGCGGAGCAAACGCGAACCAGGAAGAGAUGGUUCACUCCGUGCACCCCACCACAGGAUUUGGUACGAUCGUCGUCAACAACUGGGAUGUGCUCGACGCGCCUCUGCCUAACGCAGCCAUAGUUGCCCGUGCAAGAGGCACUCACACCAAGGCUGGCCCAGCCGCCGGUGACUGGUUCACUUCUCUCAGCAUAGUCUUCGAGGGAGCCAGGUUCAAUGGGUCGACCUUUCAAGUCAUGGGGAUCACCAAUACAGAUGGUCUGUGGGCUAUUGUUGGCGGUACCAAAGAAUUGUCCAGGGCAGAUGGCACCAUUAAACAUACUCUGUUAAGGGCGACGGCCCUUGAGAACUAUAGACAACUGGAUAUUCGUGCAUUCUAUACCCCGCCUGCGGUUAAUGCAAAUGGUAUUGCUGCCCGGUAAUAUGAUUAAAGGUGUGUUGAUGUUGCAUAUAUACCCCGCAUGGGUAGAUCUGACAAGAACUACGUCGUGAGGUUGUUGUCAUUGGUGUUGUUGUAUUUAAAAUAAUUUGUGGAUUUCUAUCAUGGGAUAGUAAAUUAUUCCUAAAAUCCACAGUGUGGUAUUUAUUAUUAUAUGUAAUAUAUUUUGUAUGCAUGCUUUGGAUCCGCAGUGUGGCAAGAAAAUAUUUACAUUAUUUGAAGGAA